AUGGCUACUAACGAACGUGACAUGUUCUCAGCUGAGAUUGUCAACCGUGGGAUUGAAUCCUCCGGUCCGAACGCCGGUUCUUUGACGUUCUCCGUGAGGGUUCGACGACGCUUACCGGACUUUCUUCAGUCUGUUAACCUUAAUGCUGAGAUUGGUAGCUUGAGUAAAGAAGAUCUUUGGAAGAAGAUUUGGGAUGAUGCAACCUAUGAUCUUGCUUCUGUUCUCUCUUCUCUUGCUGUUUUUGUUAUCACUUUCACUCUUUACUUCAUCUCAAAGCCUCGUCCUAUUUAUCUCAUUGAUUUUUCAUGCUAUCAACCAGAUGAUGAACUCAAGGUAUCAAGGGACCAAUUGAUAGAGCUAGCAAGAUCAUCAGGAAAAUUUGACCAAGAAAGUCUAGAUUUUCAAAAAAGGAUAGUAAUGUCAUCAGGAAUAGGAGAUGAAACCUACAUUCCAAAAUCAAUAGCAUCAAGUGAAAACACAGAAACAAUGAAAGAAGGUAGAGCUGAAGCAUCAAUGGUUAUGUUUGGAGCACUUGAUGAACUCUUUGAAAAAACCGGAAUUAGGCCAAAAGAUGUUGGUGUUCUUGUAGUAAAUUGCAGCAUAUUCAAUCCAACACCAUCACUAUCAGCAAUGAUUAUAAAUCAUUAUAAGAUGAGAGGAAAUAUUCUGAGCUAUAAUCUUGGUGGUAUGGGUUGUAGUGCUGGAAUUAUUGCUGUUGAUUUGGCUAGGGAUAUUCUUCAAUCUAACCCUAGUAAUUAUGCUGUUGUUGUGAGUACUGAAAUGGUUGGAUUCAAUUGGUAUCAAGGAAAAGAAAGAUCUAUGCUUAUUCCUAAUUGUUUCUUUCGUAUGGGUUGUUCCGCUGUUUUGCUCUCUAAUCGUCGUCGUGAUUAUAGCCGCGCGAAGUAUCGUCUUGAACACAUUGUUCGUACUCAUAAAGGCGCUGAUGACCGCAGUUUCAGGUGUGUGUACCAAGAGGAAGAUGAUCAAAAGUUCAAGGGAAUUAAGAUAAGUAAGGAUUUGAUCGAAAUCGGCGGAGAAGCUCUGAAAACUAACAUCACAACCCUAGGACCAUUAGUCCUACCAUUUUCCGAACAGCUUAUUUUCUUUGCAACCCUAGUUUGGAGGAACUUAUUUGGAGGAGGCAAAAAAUCUGAUAAGAAUUCAUCCUCAUCAAACAAGCCCUACAUUCCUAACUACAAACUCGCAUUCGAGCAUUUCUGCGUGCAUGCUGCAAGCAAGGCGAUCCUGGACGAGCUUCAAAAGAAUCUCGAACUCAGUGACAAAAACAUGGAAGCUUCACGAAUGACGCUGCAUCGAUUCGGCAACACUUCUAGCAGCAGCAUUUGGUAUGAACUUGCUUAUAUGGAAGCUAAGGAAAAGGUGAAAAGAGGAGACCGUGUUUGGCAACUUGCAUUUGGUUCUGGCUUCAAGUGUAACAGUGCUGUUUGGCGUUCUAUGGGACGUGUUGCAAAACCUACUUCUAGGAACCCUUGGCUUGACUGCAUCAAUGCAUAUCCUGCUCAACUCAAUUGA